UUUGUUCUCAACAGCAAUGAAGAGAUGUUUAAACUCUCCUCCAUGGAUGGGACCCACGCUGCCUUGGUGAAUAAAUUCUGGCAUUUCGGUGGCAAUGAGAGGAGCCAGAGAUUCAUCGAGCGCUGUAUCCGGACCUUCCCCACCUUCGGCCUGCUGGGGCCCGAGGGGACCCUUGUGUCCUGGAGCCUGAUGGACCAGACAGGCGAGAUACGGAUGGGGGGUACUCUGCCUGAGUACCGGGCCAAGGGUCUCAUCUCCUAUCUCAUGGAUGUUUACAGCCAUGCUCUGGUCAAACUUGACUACCCUACCUAUUACCAUACAUUGGAAACCAACAAAAUCAUACAGAAAAUGAGUCACAGUCUGAAUCAUAUCACCAUGCCCUGUAACUGGAACCAGUGGCACUGUGUGCCUCUGUGAAGCAGUCCUGAACACAAGACAGUGUUGGGUGGGCUGACGUGGCAGGCGGAGUGGAUGGGUGGGCAGAGAGAGAAAUAAUAAAUUGUAAUCAGCAGUAGAGUGGUGUGUGUUGUCUGGGCUCUGGGAAGCAGUACAAAUGGUCAACAGAACCACCACGGUCUCUGCUCUCAAACCACUCAUGGACUCCCCUUUGGGUCCAGCAGACCUGG